AAAAAGUUUCCGUCCAGUUAGUGUGCUUAGCACUUUUUCCAAGCUAUACGAAAAGAUAAUAAAAUAUCAAAUUAGUCCUCAUCUCGAUAAAACCCUGUCCGCGUUCGUUGCUGCCUACAGGAAGGCUUAAAGUACACAGCAUAUCUUAAUUAAAAUGCUUGAAAACUGGAAAGUCAAAUUGGACAAUGAUUUCAUUGUCGGAGCAGUACUGAUAGCUUUAUCAAAGGCCUUCGACAGUAUUCCGCAUGACCUUCUUAAUGCAAAACUUCAUGCAUAUGGCUUUGAUGAAAGCUCUCUAGUCCUUAUUUACUCCUAUUUAAAAAGGCGCUUACAAGCAGUUCGAAUAAAUGAUACUUACAAUGAUUUUCAAUCUGUUUUAUCAGGGGGACCGCAAGGAUCAGUCCUUAGCCCUAUUCUUUUCAUUUUCUACAUUAAUGACCUGUUUUAUUUCAUUAAAAAGGCUUCUCUUAUAAAUUACGCAGAUUACAACACUUUAACACAUUUUUCAAAAGACCUGCCUCAAUUAAUUAACGUCUUGGAAAAAGAAGCAAGCAUCGCCCUUGCCGGGCUCAAUCAGAAUGAAAUGAUUGCUAACCCAGAAAAAUUUCAUGCUCUUCUCGUCAGAAAGGAUAAAAAAAGUACCAUUGGACAUAGCAUUUCUAUUCAAGGGAAAACUAUAAAUUCUGAAGCUUCAAUCUAAUUGCUUGGCGCAACUAUAGAUCACAAACUGAAGUUUGACAUUCCCAUAUACAAACUUCGUGUCAAGACAGCAACCAAUCUAAAUGUGCUUAAAAACCCAAUUUGUCGAUUGCAUUUGAGGAGAAAAGGUACUGGUCCAAAGCUUUGUCUUUUCUAAGUUUAACUACAGCCCUUUAGUGUAGUUUUUCCCCUCUGUUAGAUCCACGGAGAAGAUCGAGAAAAUACAGGAACGAGCCUAACAUUUUCUUUUAUGAUGAUGAUUCAUCUUAUGGAGAUCUAAUUUGCAAAUCACAAAAAUGCACAAUGCAUGUAAAUCGGCAAAGGAACCUCUGUAUUGAAAUUUUCAAAAUUGUGAAAAGGUUAAAUCCCGAAGUUAUGCAAAAUAUAUUCGAACUAAGAACCUCUGAUCGACCCUCACGUCGUCCACAAGACUUACAGCACUACCGGCCCAACCAAACAACUUUCGGUACAAACAGCCUCAGGUCCCUCGGACCACAAAUUUGGAAUGGCUUACCACAGGAAAUAAAAUCUGCAGAAAAUCUGAUCCAAUUCAAAAGAUUAAUUAAAAGCUGGAACGGGGCAACCUGUACAUGCAACGAAUGCAAAACUUAAUGAUUUUAUUGUAAAUUUGUAUUUAAAAACUAUUGAAAAUUGCUAAUUUAAUUUGUUUAUUUUGUAAAUAAUCGAAUUAGACAAGUUACGGUUGUGUAGCUUAAAAUUAUGUAUAUUCGAUUUAAAAUAAGAUUACAAACAAUCUUUCAUUACAGUUUCACCAUAAUACCCAUGAUCUGUUAUGCAAAAUCUUCAAAAGUUCGAAGGAAAUAUUUCGCAAGUCAGAUUUUUGCUUGAUAUGUUAACAGUUGUCAGGGAUGCAGCCCUUUUCUACCUAAGCUUGCUAAGAGAAGUGCUUGCCCCACGCUGGCGUAAGGAAAUCUACCUAGAGGAAUAAAGACGUGCCAGAAAGACAGACAAGCAAAUUUUUUAUUUCCCUUAUUAAAAAAGAUGAUCUAGUGAGAGCAAAAUUAAUCACUUUCUCAUUAUUUUCAUGAUAAGAAAAUCAUAAUUGAGGGAGAUUGAUAAAUUGAUAGUUUGAUAAACAUCACUGACGUAAAAUGAACAGCAAAGUUUGAAUAUCAGCAAAGAUCUUGUUAGUCAAAGAUUUGAAACACGUAAUGUUAAAGAGAUUUGUGUUUCUGAAGUGUGCAUUUCAUUGGAAAACCUGAGCAAAUUCGAUGCAAUAAAGAGAAUUCUUUUUUAGAAAAUUGCGUGCAAUCAAGCUAAAAAUGACGCUCACAAACUUGACAUGGCCUGCUUUAGAAAUGCUUGCAUCAUUUCUGAUCUUGAAUCUGCACAGUAUGGCAGCAAAGGGAUAUUUGAAAUUAUAAGAACAUCAAAGCAUCAUGUAAAUCAUCUUUGAAACUAGAAUUGAUAAUCCAUUCUAUGUAAGUUUAACAGAAUAGAAAAAAUCAUUUUUUGUCCUAUGUUUUCUGCCCCAAGAUCUUCAGUUUUUGCAUUUCUGAAAAGGAAACAAAAUCGUAAUUGCAACCCAGUGAUGAAUUUAACGAAGAGAGAGAGAGAAACUUUAUCUACGACAUUUUUACAAAUGACAACAGCAGCCUCGGAAUAAACAUCGAUCUUUAUUUUCUGCUACUGUUUAUUAGGAAGAUAAUACAUUGUUCAGAACAGAGGCGGAUCCAGAGCAAAUUUGAAGGAGUGGCAGUAAGUAAUGGGGGCGUUGAAAAUUUUCAGAAAUUGAUGACGAGUGUACGCUGUAUACAACAAUUUCGGACCCUAACUACUGAUAGAAGGCUCUCUAUUCCUUUGCAGGGGAAUUAUCACAAUAUUUGUUGUAUACUUUGAGGUGCUCCUUGAAGUAAAUUGACCGAUAUGUCUCAGAAACUUUUUUACCCGAGUCUCAUUCUUCAAAAGAGGCGCAUUAUUUCCAAAAAGGGGCGCCAGACUUGCUUCAACUCGCUGAGGGAGGGGCAACUGCCCCUAGUUGCCCCCCCCCCUAAAUCCGCCACUGCUUCAGUAUCAGGGGUGUGUGCAGACAAAUAGUCCCUUACCCUCAUGCAGUACCUCCUUUGUAAGGGGAUUUGGGUAAGCCCUACUUUUGGAUAGGGCCAGUUUCAAAACUACCUUGCUCUUGAAAUUAAGUCUGCUUAAGUAUUCUCCAAGAAUAGUUCUGAACUGUGAACAACUUUUUCGAUGAAGGAAACUGCCUAGUAAUCAAGAAUUUCUUCAAAAACUGGCCGACAGGCAAUUUUUUUGCAACAUAAUAUCUACAUGCAGGUAGAUUUUUAGACAGGUUUUAAGAAAGUGCAGUCAUUUUCAUUAAUAGUUAGUGUUCCGUCUUUAUUCUAUAAUUUUAAUGCUCUUAUAUAAGCCUUUUGUGACUAAUGACAGUAAAUUUAACUUUCAACUCAAAAUUUGUGCUUAUCAUUGCAAAAUUCCACUUUAUCAAUUCACAAAUUGCUUUUCACUGAACGUAAAAUUGAGCAUGGGUGAACUUCAGAAUAACUAUCUUAUGCAUUUUGUGCUUUUAGGAAGUUUGGUCAUUUUUUUCGAAUCCGUAUCCCUAAAACUGGAAAAUUGAUGUAACACAGUAUUUCGUAUGAUUUCUCAGUUUAUUUUAAGAUUCAAAGUUCUUGUUGAGUAGGACACAUCAUUUCUUUCAAAACAAAACAGGCUGCAACGAAGAAAUGCAUCAACGUCGGGAAAACCAAUCCUGUUACCCUCGUUGUGCUCAUAGUUUGAUAAAUAGGGCAAUGACGCAAAUGAAAGUAGUCCUAGCCAGUCAUCCAACGCACAGGGAUUUCGAUUGAUUAAUGGAGUCUUAAUCUGAAAUUGGCUUAACACAAAGCUUAACCCCUCCCAACUAAGCUAAAUGGUCCCUAUGUUUUAUUAUGAUUUUUUUCUUUGAACUAUCCUUCGUUCUAUUUUUAAAUUGUCUAGUCAAUUAUUAAAUAGAUUAUUUGAACUCAUUCCAUAAAGGUAGUAAGACUGUUUAGUCAAGGGCCCUUUAGAUGGCUGCACAGAAAGCUUGUUGUGAAGAACCUUUCUCUUUAUUGUUGAUCGCAGUUUUGUCAGAAAAUGCCUUGGAAAUGAGUUGCAAAGCCUAAACCUGCGGGAUAUGAGUUUAAGAAACAAAGGAAUGGAGAGCUGAGCAUGCAGUUCAAAUCAUGCACUGAUGCUAUCGACGAAGAAGUUUGCAAAUCUUUUGAAAGACUCUGCGAUGUGAACAGUUUCUUGAAAGAAAAAUGUCGCAAAACCUGCAAGCUAUGUCAAAAGGCGUCCGUACAGCCUAAGUGUGACGAGUCUGCCUAUGGAUGCUGUUGGGACAAUGUUACGGUUGCAAUUGGUCCACAGAAGCUCUGCCCACCUUGCAUCGACCGCAACAAGGAGGAAUGCAGUGGAUUGGCUGGCAAAUGCGGAGAGGCUGAUAUUAGAAGAACUUGCCCAAAAACAUGCAAAGUUAAAUGUGAAAGAUGCGAAGAUGAUGAACACCAGGCGGAAACAUGUCCGUUGUUCCGGAUGAUUGGCGCUUGCGAAACUGACCAGAAGUUGAUGAAAAAGUAUUGCAAAAAGACGUGCAAAUUUUGUUAAAUGGCAAGUUGACAAAAAAUAUAUUGCAAAAAUUUGUGUAAGCUGUUUUGGGGCAAUAAAGACCAAAGUAAACUGCACCAACAAACGAAGAACAGGGAAUUCGAAAAGUUAUGUAGUUGGAAGAUAUUGAUCCGUUCAAGAAACUUAUCGCAGAUGAAGCGGCUAUGAGUAUGAUGCUAAUAUGUAAGAUGUUUAUUUCAAGAGACUCCAUUUUGUUUAUGGUAUUACUUGGCCUGAAGGGACUUUUUGAUGCUCAACAACGAUUCCUAGAUUCAAUAUUGCCGACCAACAUCGUUGUCGUGUUUGCUAGCACCCUCUUAUUCCGCCCUUUUUACCCUCUUUCAUGAGUUUAAAAAAUACCACGCGGAUAAAUAUACGCAAUGAAUGGAAUACAAUGACUAAACCAAUUAAAUAUCAGCCAGCAUGUCAUGUGACGCAACGACGCAAAACAGGGCUUCCUCUCAAAAUGAAAUAAAUGAGAAAGGAACGGGAGCAAAUGAAUGAAGAAACAUAACGAAGCAUUUCAAAACAGAAGGUUUGGGGAUGAACAAGCGUCGGCGUACAGCAAUGCGUGGAUUUGACUAGUCUGCCAUCAUAGAAAGUGGCGUAGUAAAGAAAUAGUCUCUUUUCCACAGUAAGAGCAAGCAAUUUUGGCAAGAGCAAUUGGAAUUUUACCCAGCCAACUGUGCAGCGUAAAAUGUUGGUGGUCCACAUGCCAUACUUGACCUGUCGGUUUUGCUAUCAAAUAUUUCUCUUUUUUGUUUAUUUCAUCCACUUAGAGUUGAUAAUUAUUUGAUAAUAUUUACCAAGUAAAAAGAGGGAUUAUAUAAAGAGGCUCUGUCAUUGAUAUUUAAUAAGACUCGGAUAUAAAUACGUGUCAUUGUAAUUAAAAAUAACGGUAUCUUAUCAUUUCACAGUGACCCAAAAAAUGCAUCAAUUUUGCAUUCACUAUCUCAUUCAUAGAAUCUUGCAAUCGCUUUGACCCAGCCCUCCACUGCUGUUACGUAAGCGUACGCUGCUGCGCAAGGGAUCCUUCUAUGUACCUCAUUUUUUCAUUUCAUUUCAAUAUAAGAAACUUGCUAUGAGGAAUGAGAAAUUGGCGUAUAUAGAAAAUUUUAAGGAAAUAAUUACUAGAAGCAAAACAUUAACAAGCAAGUCAAUUUUACCAAAGUAGAGAUUUAGAUUUUCA